GCCCGGGCGCGUCCUGCUGGUGGCGGUGGGGGAGCGGCGGUGCCUUCUGGAAGGUUCCCGGCCGGGCGGCCGUUACCGCGGGUCCCAUCCGCGUCCAUCGGCGGCGGGCGACGAUGCCGGAGAACACGGGGGCCAAAGCCCACGGCGGAGCGGGGAACCGGGCCAAGGGCACCUACCAGGACCGGGAUAAACCCUCCCAGAUCCGCUUCAGCAACAUCUCCGCCGGCAAAGCUGUUGCCGAUGCAAUUAGAACAAGCCUUGGACCAAAGGGAAUGGAUAAAAUGAUUCAGGAUGCUAAAGGAGAUGUGACAAUCACUAAUGAUGGUGCUACUAUUCUGAAACAAAUGCAGGUUCUGCACCCUGCAGCCAAAAUGUUGGUCGAGCUGUCAAAAGCACAAGAUAUUGAAGCUGGUGAUGGCACUACAUCUGUUGUUGUCAUUGCUGGAGCUCUUUUGGAUGCCUGUUCCAGACUUCUUCAGAAAGGAAUCCACCCUACCAUAAUUUCAGAGUCAUUCCAGAAAGCUUUGGAUAAAGGUAUUGAAGUAUUGACCAACAUGGCGCAGCCAGUGGAACUGAGUGACAGAGAAACCUUGCUGAAUAGUGCAACUACUUCGCUGAAUUCAAAGGUUGUGUGUCAGUAUUCUAGUUUACUUUCUCCAAUGAGUGUAGACGCAGUGAUGAAGGUGAUUGACCCAACUACAGCUAGUAGCGUGGACCUCAGAGAUAUUAAAAUUGUUAAGAAGUUGGGAGGCACAAUUGAUGAUUGUGAACUGGUUGAAGGCCUAGUGCUGACUCAGAAGGUGGCAAAUACUGGUGUAACUAGAGUGGAAAAAGCCAAAAUUGGCCUCAUUCAGUUCUGCUUGUCUGCUCCAAAGACAGAUAUGGACAACCAAAUAGUUGUUUCUGAUUAUGCUCAAAUGGACAGAGUACUGCGUGAAGAGAGAGCCUAUAUUCUAAAUUUAGUUAAGCAAAUUAAGAAGGCUGGAUGCAAUGUGCUGCUGAUUCAGAAGUCUAUUCUGCGGGACGCUCUUAGUGACCUAGCCCUCCAUUUUCUGAACAAAAUGAAGAUCAUGGUGGUUAAAGACAUUGAAAGAGAUGACAUUGAGUUUAUAUGUAAGACAAUUGGAACUAAGCCCGUUGCUCAUAUUGACCAGUUUACUCCUGACAUGCUGGGGUCUGCUGAGCUGGCAGAGGAGGUCAACUUGAACGGUUCUGGGAAACUAAUAAAGAUUACAGGCUGCACAAACCCUGGGAAAACUGUAACCAUUGUGGUACGUGGAUCCAACAAACUUGUUCUAGAAGAGGCUGAGCGUUCAAUUCACGAUGCCCUGUGUGUCAUAAGAUGCUUAGUUAAGAAAAGAGCUUUAAUUGCAGGAGGUGGAGCACCAGAGAUAGAGUUGGCACUGCGCUUGAACGAGUAUGCUCGCACUUUGAGGGGUAUGGACUCGUAUUGCGUCCGUGCGUAUGGUGACGCCCUGGAAGUCAUACCAUCUACACUGGCUGAAAAUGCAGGUCUCAAUCCUAUUUCAACGGUAACAGAGCUGAGAAACAGACACGCUCAAGGGGAGAAAACAGCUGGCAUUAAUGUCAGAAAGGGUGGCAUUUCCAACAUCUUGGAGGAAUUGGUUGUCCAGCCACUGCUAGUGUCUUUGAGCGCAUUGACUCUUGCAACAGAAACUGUGCGCAGUAUUCUUAAGAUUGAUGAUGUGGUGAACACCCGGUAAACUGAAUGAAGAAAGUGGGGACUGUGCCCUAGAGCUCCUUCCCGGUAGUCUGGAAUAUGGUUUCCUCACCAAAAGCGCCUGUGUGAAUUGUCUUAAAGUCCACAAAGGCUUAUGUACUUUUAUCGGGUUAAUUAAAAAAAAAAAAACAACAAAAAACCAAAAAAAACAAAAAAAACCAACCUGUUUUCAAAAAGGAAAUGCUGUUUAUCAAUAAACAUGCAGUAGUCUACCUGAGUCUUUGCUUUAUAGUUUUGGUAGAAAUAAGGUAAACUUCUUGUUACAUUUGCUUUUCUGUGCUACAUGCUCCUACUUAGCUCUGAAAAGUUUAACUGCAAGUCAUUAGCUCUUGAUAUAUAUUCUAAAAACACCCUUUAAUUUCCACUCUAGUUAACAUGCUAGCUUAGAGCUGCUUCUCUAAAUGUUUUCCAUAAUGGAGUAGUAUUAUUUCCCUUAACUAUGACUGGCUAGGGUGAAGGAAUAUCUUUGCAGUGAUAGUACUUAAGAAUCCUGUCUCAUGCUCCUUGCUCUGUUUUGCCUCCUGACGUCCGUAGUGAUUUCUGAUGCCAUCACACGAUCCAGAGUGUUACAAAGGGCAGUCUGUACGUGCAGCUUUUUGUAUUUCAUCCAGCAGUGAAGUGCAAGUGUCAAAACUAAACCUAGUUCUAAAAAGGCAAAGAUAAUAUUACUAUAACUAGGCUUAUUUAUAAUUAAUAAGGGAUUUAUUUAAAAUCAGUUUUGGAUAACAGGUGCAUCUCUCUGAAGCAGUUUCAGCUGUUCUUUUGGUCGCUUCCAUUGUGGUGGUGGUGAACUCCCAGUUUUG